CAUGAACUUUUUUGGGUCUGGAAGUCUGAAAUUCCUCAGUCAUCCAAGGGGCACGGAGAGGAAGCGCUUCUAAGGAGACAAGUCCAGAGGUUUAUUGUUAUACUGAGUCUGUGCCCCCAGCCCUGGAGGACAAUGGGGCUGCUACUACUACGAGUGACAGGACUUAUAGUAAUACUGUGCGGAGCGGCCUAUUCCCAGGAGCCAGAUUUUAGCCAUGGCUGUGCGGAAGGCAGCUGCUAUCCAGCCACUGGAGACCUCCUGAUUGGACGCGCAGAUCAGCUCACCGCUUCAUCUACAUGUGGUAUUCAAAAGCCAGAGUCGUUCUGCAUCGUUAGCCAUCUUCAGGAGGAGAAAAAGUGUUUUAUAUGUGAUUCCCGGGAGAGUUAUAAUGAAUAUACUAAUACAGAAAGUCAUCGCAUUGAAAAUUUAGUUACUUCUUUUUCACCAAACCGUCAUGAUUUAUGGUGGCAGUCAGAAAAUGGAAAGGAAAAUGUCACAGUCCAGCUGGAUCUUGAAGCCGAAUUCCAUUUCACUCAUCUCAUCAUGACCUUUAAGACAUUCCGGCCAUCUGCAAUGUCAAUAGAAAGAUCUUCAGAUUUUGGAAAAACAUGGAAGGUAUAUAGAUACUUUGCGUAUGACUGUGAGUCCUCAUUCCCUGGUAUAUCCACUGGGCCAAUGAAGAGUGUAGAUGACAUCAUCUGUGACUCCAGAUAUUCCGACAUUGAACCAUCAACAGAAGGAGAGGUAAUUUAUCGUGUCUUGGAUCCAGCUUUCCGAAUUGAAGACCCCUAUAGUGUGAAGAUUAAAAGUCUAUUGAGGAUUACAAAUUUAAGAAUCAAGUUCUUAAAGCUACACACUCUGGGAGACAAUUUGCUCGAUUCAAGAGUGGAAAUUACCGAAAAAUACUAUUAUGCCAUUUAUGACAUGGUUGUUCGUGGUAACUGUUUCUGUUAUGGACAUGCUAGUGAGUGUGCACCAGUGAAAGGCUAUCCUGACAACGUGGAAGGAAUGGUGCACGGCCGGUGUGUUUGUAGACAUAACACUAAAGGAUUAAAUUGCGAGCAAUGCUUGGACUUUUAUCAUGAUUUGCCUUGGAGACCAGCCGAAGGACGAAGCAGCAAUGCUUGUAAAAAAUGCAAUUGUAAUGAACAUUCCACGCAGUGCCAUUUUGAUAUGGCUGUUUAUAUGUCAACUGGAAAUACAAGUGGUGGAGUGUGUGAUGACUGCCAACACAACACAAUGGGACGAAACUGUGAACAAUGCAAACCAUUUUUCUACCAGCACCCGGAUAAAGACAUACGUGACCCAAACAUUUGUCAACCCUGCAAUUGUGACCCAGCUGGUUCCCAGAAUGGUGGCGUUUGUGACCGCUACUCCGACUUCUCAGUAGGCCUUAUUGCUGGGCAGUGUCGCUGCAAGUCAAAUGUUGAAGGAGAGCGCUGUGAUGAGUGCAAGGAAGGCUUCUAUGACUUGAAUGAGCAAGAUCCAGAGGGAUGCCAACCCUGUGGAUGUAAUACUCUAGGAACUAUUCCUGGUGGAAACUCCUGUGACUCACAGGAUGGAAGCUGCUAUUGCAAACGCUUUGUUACAGGAAGGAAGUGCGAUCAGUGUAUGUCUGAAUUUUGGGGACUAAGCAAUGACUUAGAUGGAUGUCGUCCUUGUGAUUGUGAUCGUGGAGGAUCACUGAACAAUAACUGUUCGCCAGAAUCCGGCCAGUGUAACUGCAGACCACACAUGAUCGGUCGUCAGUGCAAUGAAGUGGAAUCUGGAUUCUAUUUUAUAUAUUUAGAUCAUUACACCUAUGAGGCAGAAGAUGCUCAUUUUGGUCCUGAUGUAAGACUUGUUGAGAGGCCAUAUCCGCAUGAUCGCACACCUUCCUGGACUGGACCUGGAUUCGCCAGGGUCCCAGAAGGAGCAUAUUUAGAAUUCCACAUCAAUAACAUUCCGACUUCUAUGGAGUAUGACCUUUUAAUUCGCUACGAACCUCAACUACCAGAUCAAUGGGAAGAGGCGGUAAUAACCGUUAUACGUCCUGGCAAAAUUCCCACAAGCAGUCGAUGUGGAAACACUAUCCCCAAUGAUGAUAACCAAGUUGUGUCAUUGCCUCCUGGAUCUCGUUACAUUGUCUUACCUCGACCCAUAUGUUUUGAGAAGGGUCUAAAUUACACAAUACGCUUGGAACUGCCGCGAUAUUCACCUAAUUCUAAUGUGCAAAACCCAUAUACUCUAAUUGAUUCUAUUGUAUUGCUGCCUCAUGUCAAGUCUCUCGAAAUAUUUAAUGCGGGAAGCACAGGCGGUGAUGGCGUUACCAACAAUGCUUGGCAGACAUUUCAAAGAUAUCGUUGCAUGGAGAACAGUCAGAGUGUUGUGAAAACGCCACUAACUGAAGUCUGUAAGAGUUUCCUCUUCAGCAUUUCUGCUCUUUUACAUGAGGGUGCCAAGGAAUGCCACUGUGAUCCUCAAGGCUCAUUAAGUUCGGUGUGUGACCCUAAUGGUGGACAGUGCCAAUGUCGACCAAAUGUAAUUGGUAAAAACUGUGACAAAUGUGCUCCAAGGACAUUUAGUUUUGGACCUAAUGGAUGCAGACCUUGUGAAUGUGACGAGAGCGGAUCAGCUCAUUCCUUCUGUCACUCCGAAACUGGUCAGUGUCCUUGUAUUCAUGGAGCAUAUGGGCGUCAGUGUGAUGUUUGCUUGCCUGGGUAUUGGGGAUUCCCCAGAUGUAAGCAGUGCCAAUGCAAUGGACAUGCUGAUUACUGUGAUACACUUACUGGAGAAUGCACAGCCUGCAAGGACCAUACUGAAGGUUACAGUUGUGAAAGAUGCCUUGCUGGCUAUUAUGGAGAUCCUAGACUGGGCUCAGGAGAUCAUUGUAGACCUUGCUCAUGUCCAGAUGGCCCAGGAAGUGAACGUCAGCAUGCCAGUGGUUGUUACAAAGACCCUGCAACCCUGCACAUUAUCUGCUCUUGUAAUGUAGGAUACACAGGGGCCAGAUGUGAUGAAUGUGAUGCUGGCUAUUUUGGGAACCCUGAAGAAAACGGAGGAGUCUGCCAACCAUGUCAGUGUAACAAUAACAUAGACAUGUCCGAUCCACUUUCUUGUGACAAGCAAUCGGGGAAAUGUCUUAAGUGUCUCCAUCACACAGAAGGAGAGAGCUGCAGCCAGUGCCAGCUGGGUUACUAUGGGAAUGCUCUUCACCAGACUUGUAGAUCAUGUGUCUGCAAUGUCCUGGGUACAGAACAGGAUACUUGCAAAGAAGGUGUAAAAUGCCACUGUGACAGAUCAUCCGGCCAGUGUCAGUGUCUCCCCAAUGUGAUUGGUCAGAGCUGCGAUAGAUGUGCACCAAACACCUGGAACUUAGCAAGUGGAACUGGCUGUAAAUCUUGCGGCUGUGAUCCUAUCCGUUCUCUGGGACCUUCUUGCAAUGAGUUCACUGGUCAAUGUCAGUGCAUGGCUGGAUUUGGUGGGCGGAAUUGCAGCGAAUGCCAGGAACUUUUCUGGGGUAAUCCGGAUGUUGAAUGCCAAGCUUGUGAUUGUGACUCUAGAGGCAUUCAGACUCCGCAGUGCGAUCGUGCUACAGGACAUUGUGUUUGUAAUGAAGGUAUGGAAGGGUUUCGUUGUGACCGAUGUGCCCGUGGAUAUUCUGGCAUUUUUCCAAACUGUUCUCCUUGUCACACAUGCUUUGCAUUAUGGGAUACAAUUAUCAAAGAGUUGUCCAAUAAAACAAACCAGCUCUUAGACCGUGCCGCUGCCAUGAAAGUGACUGGGGUUAUUGGACCGUACCAGCAGACUAUGAGUAAAGUGCAGGAAACACUUGAAGAGGUUCAGAACAUCAUUUUACAGAAUCCUGCGGCCCAUCCUCUGAAAAACAUUGACCAGCUGUUUGAAGAAGCAGAAAAGCUGAAAGCUGAGGUUUCUGAAAGAGUUGCAGAAGUGGAGCAGAAACUAUCCAAAAUUAAUAUCAGUGACACCGAAAAGCUUGAUUCUUUGCAGGCAGAUGCAGAGAGUGUUUCUAAAGCACUGAAAGAACUUGGAGAACAGCUAGAGUAUAUGAAGAUUUCCAAUGUUCGAGGAGCUAUGGACAGCAUCAACAAAUAUUUCCAGAUGUCUCUGGAGGCAGAAAAAAAGGUCAACGCCUCCACUUUGACCCCAGAUAGCAUUCUUCAGCAGUCAGCUGCUACACGAAAGGAAGUGGAAGAUUUAAUGUAUGAACAAGAAUCUGCAUUCAAGGAACAGCAAGAGGAACAGUCUCGACUCUUGGAUGAACUUGCUGGCAAUGUCCAGAGUUUGGAUCUUUCAUCUCUAUCUGAAAAGACUUGUGGGACUCCUGCAGGUGUGUCAUGUGAAGAGUCACAAUGCGGUGGUCUUGGCUGCAGAACUGAGAGUGGAAUGAGAAAAUGUGGAGGGCCUGACUGCAAUGGUGUGGUUGCAGUGGCGCAAAAUGCAUUACAGUCUUCAAUGAACUUUGAUAAGGAGAUUUUAAGUGCACUGGCAGAAGUGGAAGAACUCUCUAAAAUGGUAGCAGAGUCAAAGCUCAGAGCAGAAGAAGCAAAGCAAAACGCCCAAGAUGUCCUCAACAGAGCAAAUGCCACAAAGGACAAAGUAGACCGAAGCAAUGAAGAUCUGCGAAAUCUCAUCAAGCAAAUUAGGGACUUUCUAAUGCAGGAUGGGGCUGACCUUGAUAGUAUUGAAGCUGUUGCCAGUGAAGUUUUGAAAAUGGAAAUGCCCACUACACCUGAACAGCUCCAGGCCUUAACAGAAGAUAUUCGAGAUCGUGUGCAGAGCCUGUCUAAUGUAGAGACAAUCCUCCAACAGAGUGCUGGAGAUAUUGCUAGAGCUGAGUCUCUCUUGGAUGAAGCAAAGAAGUCAAGUAAAAGUGCUGAAGACAUUAAAGCUACUGCAGACAUGGUGAAGGAAGCUCUAGAAGAAGCAGGAAAAGCUCAAGAUGCAGCAGAAAAGGCCAUCAAACAAGCAGAUGAUGACAUCAAAGGGACAAAUGAUCUGCUCACGUCUAUUGCAUCAGAAGCAACAGCAUCUGAAGAAACUUUAAGUAAUGCCACGGAACGUCUUACCCGACUGGAAAAAAAUGUUGAGAAUCUUUUGAAAAAAUCAACUGCUAAUUCUGAAUCAGUAGAGAAAAUUGAAAAAUCUGUUGACGAUGCCAAGUCAGAUGCUGAUGGAGUUAAAAAGGCUCUCGAUGGUGAUCUUACCGAUAAAUAUAAGAGAGCUGAAGACUUGAUAGCAAAGAAAGCUGAAGACUCAACAGAGGCCAAAAAGAAGGCUGAACAGCUUCAAAGGGAGGCCAAAUCUUUGCUAACACAAGCAAACAAGAAACUCAGCUUACUCAAAAAUUUAGAAAAGACAUAUGAAGAUAAUCAGAGGGUUCUUGAAGAAAAAGCCAAACAGUUAGUUGAAUUGGAAGGAACCGUUCGAUCGCUUUUACAAGCCAUUAGCCAGAAAGCAGCUGUAUACAGCACUUGCAUAUAAGCUAAAAUUUGGAUCAGGCAACAAAAUUGGGACCAAAUAUUCCAUAAUUUAUUGGAUGAAGACUAAAUUUGAAAUAAAGAAAUUAUUUUUACGAUUGUUUUUAUUACAUAAAAUUUGAAAACGUGUGAUAAUUUGUGACACGAUUACAAAGUUCUUAAUGGUUCCAUUGUCUGUCUUUGUUGGCAGAGACAGACCAUAACAACUUGUGCUACAAAUUCACAUAAAUAUGACUGUUUCUAAUUGUAAUAUUUUGCACUUGAUUAGUAUUAGUUAUGUAAAACACACAUUAAUAGCAUUUACUCUGUAGUGAAAACCAAUUGUUAAAUAUAGGUUUUUGCUCAAUGUAAUUAACUGGAAAGUUGACUGGCAUUGUUCAUGAAAACCUGUUAUCCUAUAUAAACCAUUUUUU